CCUUAUUGAGCCUCACGUAAUAGAUUAAUCCCCAGGGUUAAACAAAUGGAGGAACAAGCAGAAUUCACGACGUUCCAUGAAACAUACAAGUUGAUUACAUUCGCAAUGAGUGUCGGUAUGAUAUACCCGAAUCCUAAAACUGAGAUGUGGAGGUUGGCUAGUAUACCAUUACUAGUAGCGACCAUCACACCGCUGGCGACGAUGAUAUUCAUAGACAUGUACAAGAGUUGGAUGGCCACCGAUAUAGUCAACAUCAUUCGACAUAGCACUGUAGUCGGGCCCUUCCUUGGCGGGUUUUUUAAGAUGAUACUAAUGUACCACAAGCGAAUACAAGCGAAACAGAUCUUAGACGAAAUAAACAGGGACUACAAAAACAUCAACAACUACUCGGAAGUCUACAAAGAUAUAACUCGAGCCAGCGUCAAGAACUGCCAAGUAUACAGCGAACGUGGAUGGGCUAUUACCGUGGUUACAUGUGUGAUGACUUUUCCUGUGAUGGCUAUUUCGCUGAACACAUAUAAUUAUGCGUUUGUAUCUGAGCCCGUGAAGUAUAUGAUACAUGAUUUGCAGAAGCCUUUUGCUGAUGAUCCUGAAGAUCGGUUUGCGUCGCCUUAUUUUGAGAUAAUAUUCCUAUACAUGUUCUACUGUUCGAUCCUCUACGUGGUAAACUUCACUGGCUACGACGGUUUCUUCGGGCUGGCCAUCAACCACGCGUGCCUGAAGAUGGACCUGUACUGCAAGGCGCUGGAGGAGGCCUUCAAAGCUGAUGCUCAUGAGGUCUGCGGCCGAGUUAUUGGGGUUAUUAAGGAGCAAUGUCGGAUGUUUCAAUUCGUGGAACUAAUUCAAGAUACGUUCAACAUUUGGCUGGGCAUCAUAUUCUUGGCGACUAUGAUACAGAUAUGUACCUGCUUGUAUCAUAUAACUGAGGGCUACGGCUUCGACCUUCGGUAUAUGAUAUUUGUAACGGGCGCAGUCAUACACAUCUACCUGCCUUGCCGCUAUGCAGCUAAACUGAAGGCUAUGUCACUGGACACAGCGAACCGUUUCUACAGCAGCGGCUGGGAACAGAUAGACGACCAGAGAGUGAGGAAGAUGAUACUGUUCAUGGUGACGCGUGCGCAAGUGCCCAACGAGAUUGUCGCUUUUAACAUGCUGUCGUUCGACAUGGAAUUGUUUGUUUCGAUCUUGCAAACUUCAUAUUCUAUGUUUACUUUAUUGAGAUCUUAAAGGCUUGGAAUUGAAGCUGCGAGUCGCAUUUAUACACUGCUAUAAGAUAAUUAAUUCUCUCACAAAUUAGCGUUUUAGC